CUGAAUCACCAUUCAUGAGUAGGAGUAAGGACAAGUAUGCACCAAGGAUGGUCCUCAAGGAGGAGAGUACGGAAAGAGUUAGAGAGCAGAACUGAGUACCUGAAGGCUAUAAAUGAGUAGUCACAACUGAAGCUUUGGAGCAUUUCCGUAAGAUCCAGAGAGAACAGGAAAUGAGUGCCUCUGUCGGUAAAUAACCGAGCCACGAACUCAAUGUAUGGAGUGAACCAAGAUAAAAGGAUGCUGCUUCUACAACAGAAGCGGGAGAAAGAAAUGCAGGAAGCUCUUAACUGGAAGCCCAUCCUGUAUAAGACUGGGGAUACUAAAGCAGUCUCUAUUGUGAAACAGAAGAUGACUAAGAAGAAAAAGCUCAGAUUCCCUCCUAAAAAUUUGCCCACAGUGAUGCUGGAUAACACCUUUGGGAAGAACAGGAAGUUUAGCAAUGUAGAGGAUCCACAACUAGAACGCAAUAGAUCAGUACCUAAACAACCAAGAGCCUCAUUUUUUCAAAAGUCUACACAAAGAAGCAGUGUUUUUCAGAUCCCUUCAGUAAAUUCAAACAGUACAGAGAGACUGAAGAGCGAGAAGAAGUCACUUUUUAAGACAAAAAAGCCUCCAAAGAAACAAAAAGAGGAGCCACUUCUGUUAAAGAUCAUUAAAAUCGAGGAGAAUCCAGCUCUAUGUCAACUCAAGAGUAAUCGUGACCAUAGACCAACGACGGAUCACUACCCUACUUUGAAGAGUGAAGUAGUUAAAGAGUCUGUAAGGAAAAGUGGCGGGGCUCUAAAUAGUACAUGUUUUUCAACAUUAAAAACUCCAGCCAAAUCUAGUUUGAGUCAUACUCAAGACCCGUCCUUUACUAAAGCUAAAGAAUAUAUGAAUAUGACCUUCCAACAUUCACAAACACCAGAGAAGCUCUCUGGACGUAUGCUGGAUGAAGAUAAGAAAGAGUUUAAACACUUAAUGUUCCAAUAAAAGUAUCUUGUCAAUCACUUUGCUACUAAACGAGAAGGCCUC